GGAGGAGGGAGAGAGAGAAGGCGCGGGCGAGAUAGUGGAAGAGGGGCUGCUGCAUUGUGUGGAGUGGUGCUGUGCUGCUGUUGCUGCUGAGCCUCCGUCUCGCACAGCACGCAACCAAACAAUGGGGAUGGACCCUUGCGCUUGAAGAAGCGCUUUGGCGGCGGCGGUGGUGGCGUUGCUGCUGCUGUUAUUCUGUCUGUCUGCUUAUCUGUUUAUCUUUUCUCUCCCGCUUCUUUCUUUCUUCCGCGCUUGUUGCCUUUGCAGGUGGUCUGAUUCGACUUUUGUGCUUCUUUGCGAGGGGUGGUUGCUGGGAUGGAGCUCUGAGUGAGUCCAGGGUUUCGCGGGAGUAGUGCAAGAAACUGUGAGGAGACAGGGGUUGAGGGUGUGGCUAGGGCCGAGUUAUCUUCGAUUUGAGAAAAAUCGAACUGCUUGGGAGGAUUGUUCAUUCGGGGAGGCAGCAGCGGGUUAGGGGUUGAGAGGGCAGAGUAGGGCUCGUGAGUGAUGAGAGCAAUUUCUUCUUAGAAGUGUGCUGCUGUUUGCUAGAGAUGUCGUAGUUGCGCUCUUCGAGACGAUGUGAAAACUGCGAUGCUCUGUUCUCGUGUCGCGGCCUUUGGAAUGCGUUGCAGCUCGGCGUCGUCGUUGCGGGACGUGCGUGGAUUGCUUCCGUGUGUGCGUGGUUGUGUCUUGAGCUUCGGGGUUGAGCGGAAUCAAGGCGAUUUGGAGUGUCAUGGUUGGUUCUAUUGGUCUGUGUGCUUCGCCUCUUCAUUUCGGCUUCGCCUUUGAGUACCGGACUCGUUUUGUGGUUGUCAGCCGCCACCUCUGGGGUUUGGAGCAGUACUUCCUCAAAGCUUUAGGGUACGGGAUGAGGGUAGUUGAUGAUCCUCUUGGUGCGCCUCCCGCCUUGCUCCUCUCGUAGUCUGUCUUUGAUGCGGCUGCCUCUUUUCUGUGAUUUCUCACCCGCUUCGUUCCCUUCCGCGGCUCGUCCCUCAGAAUUGCGGCGAUACUGGUCCUGAUACCUCUGUUGACGAGCUGCAGUUUCACAGCGCUGGUUUGCUCAUUCAUUCAUCUCGCUUCGGGUGUAAACGGACAUACCUGUGUUAUCGUAUUCUUGUUGUGCUGGCUGCCAGUCGUGGUUCAAUCUCCUUUCGCUGUUUCGAAGCUGAAGUGGUAAGCGGGAGCAGGAGCAGAGAAGAUAGCAGGCGGCUUGGUCCUGCGUAGUCCUCAUGGAGCGCGGCCGUGAGGGUCGGCGUGGAGCCAUCCAUGCCCACGCUCCCAGACGACCGCGCACAGGUUUCAAAGAUGCUGCAGUUGGCGAUGAUGGCGAUGAUGUGAUGGAUGAUGGGCACAAUCCUCGGUCACGAGAAAGAGUGAAGAAAGAUAGUAGUGGGGUGGCUUUGAGUCAUGCAGUGGCCACUAGCAUUGUAGGACCUAGUAGUAGAAACAAAAGGAAGCGACAUGAGUCUCAAGAGAAACAGAUACAGGUUCGUAGCAGUCCGGCCGACGAGGUGGAGGAGACGACGGAAGAUACAGAAAUGAGAGUGUCAGAAGACGAUGACGACCAUCCGCCUCCUAUAAUUCCCCGGCGGUCAGGAAAACCGCGGCCUCAGUCGAAGUUUGCCGAGGAUGGAAAUUCGGUGGAUCUUCCGACCGUGCCAAGGAAAGCACGCACAGCGAUGGGCAAGCGCUUGCACGAGGCAUUAACGCCACUAGUGGAGGAGUCACCUGGUCAUCAAGCAGGUGUGGCGUCACACCUGCAAGCCCCGUCGAGCACACCGUUGUCGUCAUUGAAGCCGGGGAAACGGACGAAGCCGGGUGGAUCCAAACAGCGGAAUCACAAGUUGCCCAAGGUUUCAGCACCAUCUCUGGUGUCCGAGCAAGAGGUGGAAGUCGCCGAAGCUCUGUUCGACCUGGCAAGAAUGUUCACACAACCUCCUCCACCAGUUGCGGAACCCAAGGCCGAACCGAAAGUGGUUGUAGAUGUGACGAAAUCUGAUAAUAAACAGGAGGCAAAAGUAUCGGUAGCUUCUGGAUGCAGUGUGGCAGCGCAAGUCACGAACGGAGGUGUGGUUGUUCAGUCCGCUUUGACCGCUGCUCCUACAUCUGGUGCAAAUGUUGGUGGGAUCGUGAUGAGUUCUUCGUCAGGUGCAGCUUCAGCAGCUUCACCCAUCCCUUCUCCCCCUUCAGCCGCGGCUCCAGUUACAGAGGUUCUUGCGAAAAGAAAGCGUCCUCGUGUGAGAACUCGGACAGAAGAAAGUGGCGCCACUCAGUCAAGGGCAGGCUCAAAUGCUAUUAGUGUUCUGUCAAAUUCUGUCGAAGCCGGUGCUGCUCAAGUGAAGGAUGUGGAUCAAAUUAUGAGCCGGGCACCAACUGUAGAGAGAAGUGCCUUGAAAGUGGAGAGUAGUGCUACAGUGACACCGGCCGUGUGCGCAAGCGCUACUAACGUGGGAAUUACGGGGAUCAGCACACGCAAUAUGGCAGUCGCGUCUUGCGGCACGACUGCCACCGUCUCCACGGAGGCGGCAGCCCAAGGUGGUGCAGUGGGUGGUUCAGUUCCUCGAGCGGACAAGAAUGGUGUGGAGAAGAAGGUUGUGCAAUUGGAGAAGACAGCGGCUCCUAGUUGUGGUGAAGUGGAUGUGGUAGACCCGAAUCCUCUGGAGAAGAGAGGAGGAGUAGGUUCUCCAGUUCGGAAGAAGAAGGAUGUGAAGACCGAGUCUGAAGUCUCUGGAGCAUGCGUGGAAACAGUGGCGGCUUCGACGCCGAUCAAGAACGUCGCUGUGGAGGCAGUGUCGGUGAAGAUGGAGUCUAACAAGAGGUGUUCUCCGCCGGCAGUAGUUAAUACCGAUGCUGAUUGCGUACAGAAGCGAGAAAUUGACCUGAUGGUGGCUCCAAGCAAACUGGAAGGUGCGUUGGGUAGGGAGAAGGACGGCGAAAUCGGGGAUGGAGAUUUAGGUGUUCGGGAUACGGUAGAGUCACCUGCGGUUGAUAUGGUGGUUGUAGCGAGUGUGGGGGAUGGGCAACGAGAGAGUGAAGAGGUACAUCGUGUUGAGAUGGAGAAGACAACUUCCAACUCAAAGGAGGAGAGAGAAAAGGAAAUGAUACAGGAUUUGGAACGCGAACGUUGUGAAAGGGAGCGGCACCGGGAAGUCGGCAGUCAGAGAGAGUUGGCCGAGGAGAUGGCGAAAGAGCGAGAUAAGGAGAAGGAAAGGGAGAGGGCGGAAGCAAGCAAGAUGAUUGUGCAAAGGUCGAGCAAGAGCACGAAGGGUGAAAACGGAAGGGUUCAGAAGGCUGAACGAGCAGCCUUUCCGGGGUCUGCACCACCCGAUGCCUCAAUUUCAGCAGUUGUGAGCGGGAACAUGGCGCCUCUGCCGAAGUCCAUGGGAAUGCUGCACUGGCCCUCAGGAAUGCCUGGGUACUUUCCCACUGCAGCGGCGCCAGCUGCCGAUGACGGCACUCCUACCGUGCAGUUGCCGUACAUCAUGCCUCAGCGGGCAUCAUGGAAGCGAUGUGCUCUACACGUAUACAUUGCACACUUCAUUGACAUGCAGCAGCAAUUGAAUCGGCACCAAACUUUCAUCGCAGCUUCUAACCAGGGGUACCCAAAGUCGUACAACUUGAACGUGCCUUUUGCUCCUUCGGAUGGUGUAUUUGGUGGCGCAGCAGGUAAUAUCAUGGCGGGCGCUGUUGGUGGAGCCCUCGUGAGUGGCUCCACUGGAGCCAGUGCGAAUCUAGAGGCGACGGAGCGUGGACUGAAUGCUGCGGCAAUUGCUGCAGCCGCAGCCGCGAGCAUGCAGGGAGUUAAGGAACGAGCAUACAACAUGGACUUCCUGAGUCGUAAAUCUCCGGAGCAGCAGCAACACAGUGGGCAACAAGCACGUGCAGUGUCUUUGCAGACUGGUUCGACGUUUGCAUUUCCUGUGACACAGAGCGCAAGCCCGUCUGGCGCGAGUGGUGAGGGAGCUCCAGCAACAGCAGGACUAGCGGGAGCUGCGAAUUUGAACGGAGCUGCCGGAGGAGUGUUAGGUGGGGCGAGCUUAGUGCCUGGGAGCAGGUCUCCUGUGAUACUUGGGCCUGGUUCGGUCGGGGGGUUGGCAUCUGCGGGUAGCAACGGUGGUUUGCCGUCGGCAGCUGUGCAAGCUCAGUACAUGCAGGCUAUAAUGCAACAGCCUCAGGGAUUUCCGUUUGGACAGUUUCCGCCUCAUUUUGGGCAUGGGACAUUUAAUGGGUCCGCAUCACACAUGGGUGCUCAACAGGCAGCUGCGCAGUUUUUCGCGGCGGGUGCUCCGUUCUUCACCCAUCACAUGAUUUUGCACUCUCAGCAGCAAGCAGGACAACCGAUUGGAAGUGGAAGUGGCGCUGGCGCCUCAAAUCUCAUUGGCAAGCAGCAGCAGCAGCAGGGUCAAGGGGGUCGAGGCUUUCCAAGUGCAGGAUCUGGUGCGCACGGUCCUCCAAUUCAGUCCCCAUCGCAUUCGCAGCUGCAAGGUGGAAUGCACGGGGCUUCAAGGGUUGGAGAGAGGGAAGGUUUGACGGUUGGCGAGAGUGGAUUGUCAGGUGAAAGCCGGUUAUCGAUGCCCCGUGGGUCGGCGUUGUACGGACAGACAGUUCCAAGCGUGUCAGUAGCAUCGGCAAGUCCGAAUUUGGGAACGGAAGUAGGAGGGAUGGCUGGGCACGGUGCAAUGGACUAUAACCUAAUGGUGGGGUUGGGGAAAGCGUCAAAGUCUCGUGAGAAGCAGGUACAGCAGGGAGGUGCAAUACUAGGUCAGCAGGGGAGUGGUUCUCAGGGUGGUAGCCCUGCGCUGCAGCAGCACGGGCUUCAGCAUCAUGGUGGAGCAGUGGGGCAGGGAGGUGGAGUAGUAGGUGGAAACGGAAUGGAAGGUGGCAUGAGUGGGGGUUUUGGAAUGAGUAUGGCGGCGGCAAUGAACAGAGGGGCGUCAGUGGGUCCGGGACCUCUGGGUUUGGCUUCGGUGGCUGCAGUGAUGGCACCACAAGGGCACGCGAUGAUACAGAACGUGGGGGAGAGUGGGAGUGGACAUCAGCAAAUGAGUGGAAGCAUGCUGCAGCAACAGCAGCAGCAGCAUCUUUUGCAAAUGCAACAUGUGCAGCAGUCACAGCAACUGCAGCAGCAGCAGUCCGUUCAAGUGGCACAAGCGCAGCAGCAGCAGCGUGGUGCGCAGAAUGGGAGAGGUGCAUCUGGAAUGGGUGAGGAUAGCUUUGGUGGGAGUGAUGGAAGCUUCUCGAGCAGUGGGGGUCGAUGUCGAGAACGGGAGGUCGCCGAUGAUAGGAAGUUGCACGGCAAGAGGGCCUCUGGAGCAGGGCCUACUAUGUCCCGAGAUUCAGAAGGCGGUGGUGGGACGCAGUCGUCUGCAAUUGGAAGCGGAGGUUUGGCUUCCUCUCGCAAUCAAGGUGGGACGACCUUGAACCUUAUGGCUCCCACAAAUGCUGGCAUGGCUUCCAGACCGAGCCAGCAGUCAGGUCCGUCGGGUGUGGCAGCUACCAUGCAACAUCAAGCCGCUAUGGGAGCGUCGAAGAAUAGUGGUGCAAGGUCUAAGGGUACUGCAGGGUCAAAUCCGGCAGUCUCAGCUGCCUUGCACUCGCCAACGCAGGUCUCUUUUACAGACCGUCUUGCUGUGAUAGGAGAGUCUGUUGGAGAGAAAGCGGUUCCUUCGCAAGCUUCGAAUCUAGGGGGUCAAAGCAUACCGACAAGCCAAGGUGGGAGACCAGCUCAGGCUGGGCAGCAUUCACAGAUGAAAACAGGCCAGAGUUCAAGACCUACAGCUCUGUCAGGUGCGACACCGGCUCCAACAGCUUCAGGGGCGAACUUUCAAGCAGUGUUGGCUGCUGCAAUGGCGAAGAAUACGCAGGGUCAGCCGGCACAGCGGGCGUUGCCAGUUGCUACGGCUGGAAAUGCGAAUACAAAUGUGAAUGCAGGGUCGAGUCCGAGGAUGAGAACAGCGAUGAUGGGUUCUCCAGCGUCAUCGGGGGCGAUUUCGCCAGGCUCGAUUGGUCCACCGUCAAAGAGUUCAGGGUUGAACCUAGCGAAGAGCAGCCCCUCUCAGAAGUCAGGGUUCCCUGUAUCUCAGAAGGUGGGUGCUGGUGUUGGGAAGCGAGAUUCGUCCCCCUCGUCGGUUGGUCCUGUUCCAUCAAUAUUGGGUCCAAGUCAUUUUGCCCAGAACGUGUCUAAUAAAGGCUCCCAGCAACCACAAGUACAGAUUCAAGUGCAGGGGCAAGGUCAAGGUCAAGGUCCGCAACAGCUUGUUGGAAGCCAAUCCCAAGGCGCGGCUCAAACACAGGGACCUCCGCCACAGAUGCAGCAGCAGCAGCAGCAGAUGAUGCGGCAACAGCAGCACCAGAUGCUCCAGCAACAAAUGUUUCAGCAUCAGCAACAUCAUCAGCAACAACACUUGCAACAGCCACAACCGGUGUCUCAUGUACAGGGUUCCCAAGGUGUACCCCAGCAUUUGCAAGUCUCCCAACAGCAGCCCAGUUCAGGUUCUCAGGUGCAGCAGGUCUCUUCCCAACAACAGAUACUGCAGCUCCAACAUGCAUCGCUGCACUCACAGCAGCAGUUCGCUGUUCCCGCUGGGAACGGUAACUUGGCAUUGAGCUCCGGGCUUACAUUGGGCGCAGGGAGCAACAUCAGUGCAGGUGGCGGGGGUCGGAGCAGCAUGAAUUCAGAUAAAGGUGGAGGUCCUUCGAAUGGGAGGUUAGUUCAGGCUGCGAAGCAAGCAGGAGGUGGGGGUAUUUCUACGAUGAAUUCAGGGGUUCAGCGUGGUAGUGGCGGUCCUGGUGGAGCUCCGGGAUUUCUGGAGCAGUACGGAAGUAGCGUUGUGGUGUCGUUAGGUCAACAGCAAUUGGGCAGCCCUCGCAAUAGCACACCUUCUGGUUAUACACAUGGUAACCCGAACUCCGGUGCAGUUGGAAGAGCAGGUGAUGGCAAGAAUCUGACUGAUGGGGGACACGAACAUGUGAAUGGCAUGCGGCUAUCGCAAGGUGUAGUUCAAGCAAGGGCUGCGUCUACGAUAGCACCCUCUACUGGGACGCAAGGUUCGUCUCAGCGACCCCAGAGUAGUGGGGGAGGUGCGAGUAAAUCGGGGGCUGGUCAGUUGAACAGCUGUGAGGAUGUUGGACAGUCCCGGACGAAUGUGAUGACUUUGAGCUUGAACAGCGCCCCUCAGAGUGGCGGCGUUACAUUGAAUGGGCAGAGAAAUAACAGCAACUCGAAUGUACAGAAUGGAGUAGACGGUAGGCCCGCAUUUAAUAGUGGGCCGUUGCAGCAAAGUCCUGGUUGCCAGAUCCAAGUUCUCGCUACUUCAUCGCUAUCCACAACGGGUGGUGCUGUGAGUGCUAGUGCUCCGGUACCAGUGCUGGGUACUCAGCUUCCCGGUGCUGCAGUAAGUAUGUGAAUGGUGUAAGAUUUUCCUGCAGAGGUGGCAGUGCAAAGUGCUGCAGCGGGAGUCCGUGGUGCAGGUAGUUACUGAUGAGGUAGUACAUGAGAAUAUUACAAAGUUUUUACGACCAUUUGGUGCUGGGCUGUUGGACAGCGCUUGGGAGCACCCUGUAGACAUGGAGAGCUUGGCUAUUGGGAUUGCAGUGACGACGUCGAUGGGGCUAUGGUCGGCACUGCAUUCAUGGAAUUGUGCUGGCCCUUGGUGUGGAUGAAGUGGCUGCAUAAAUUGACUUAGUUAUGGUGAGGUCAUUAAUACGUUUGGGCAAGGUGGCGAACGUUGUUGCAAGGCGUUGGAGUGAUCCAGAGAGAAGAGAACCACCAAAUGGAGUUGUGCAGAUUGAGACGGUAGUGAAGUUUCACGUACAUAGUAGGAUAGUUGUGACCAUUUUGUAGAAGAGGGAAGACAUUUGACAAUGUGAAAGGAUGUACAAUGAAAGUGUGUUACAUCAUUGUCCUGCAAUAGGCUGUAAUUGCUUGUUGUAGGCAUAUUUACUGAAAUGUAGCGGACAAGAUCGGCAACCCUGGACAGUUCAUCGGGGUAUCAUUUCUGAACAGUGGAUCUUCUCGUUG